UACACACUGACGUGUACGCUGUGCGAACGAUAAAGCAGACGUAUUAGCACGUCUGGGAAGCAAGCGUCUGCAGAUCUCUGCGUGCACGUGUUAGUGUCCGAAAGGUUUACCCAUACUCCCAGUCACCAUGUCUUCUGCAGCCGUUGCCCUCGCUCAGGUGCUCGCGCUUUCCAUGGUCUCUAGUACUCUCGGCGGCGGUCAGUUUGGAUUUGGAGGAGUUGGUGGCGGGUUUGGUGGUGGACUUGGUGGCGCCUUUGGUGGCCCUGCCUACGCCGGCACAUUCGCACGACAAGAACAGUAUUACCCACCGCAACCGUACAGCUUCGGCUACGACAACGUUGACCAGUACGGCACCAAGUCCUACCAGAAAGAACGGGGCGACGCCUCCAACACCAAGACGGGCAUGUACGGCUACUCGGACGCCAAUGGCAUCUUCCGCCAGGUUCACAUGGACUACAGUCUCUGA